AGGUUGACAUUUACCAAAUACCAUAACCAUACUUCUUGUUAUGUACAUGAUUAGAUAAUGGAUUAUUAAGGAAUUUGCAGCAUAAUUGCGCCUAAAAAUCUAUUUGAAAAUGAAUGAAAAUCGGAAUGAAUAUUUUACUAUCUUCAAAUUUAUAUUGUGUUGUCGUCAGUUAAUAGUUUCCAAUUAAAAUUAGUGAAAUAUUCUGUUAGUAAAUUACAAUUUAUCUGCCUUGCAGCUAUGGUUGAAAUUUUGGAAAGUAAGGAUAAAUUAAACAGUUUAGAUCAUGUUCUAGCAGGAGCUGGAUCAGGUUGUAUAACCCGAGCAUUAACUCAACCACUUGAUGUUAUAAAAAUACGAUUUCAGCUGCAAGUGGAACCUAUAUCCCCUCUAGCAGUUUCAAAAUAUAAAUCUAUACCUCAAGCUGUAGGCCUUAUAAUCCGCGAAGAAGGCCUGAAAGCUUUCUGGAAAGGUCAUAUACCUGCACAAUGGUUAUCUAUUACAUAUGGGAUGGUACAAUUUUCUACAUUUGAGUUUUUAGUGAAGAAAGGCGAAUCACUGGAUUUUGGGAAGAAGCAUUCACAUUUGAUAAAUUUUAUGAGUGGAGGAAUUGCAGGUUCUACUGCAACAUUACUGUCCUUUCCAUUUGAUGUAAUUAGAACCAGACUAGUUGCUCAAAGUGAGCAAAAAAUGAUAUACAAAGAAGGGAUAAUCCAUUCUUGUGAACAUAUUUUGAAAAAUGAAAAACCUAGUACCUUAUUUAGAGGCCUCUUGCCAUCUUUAUUUCAAAUAACUCCACAUGCAGGAGUACAAUUUAUGACAUAUAAAUUAUUUAAUGAUAUGUAUUCACUUUUAUUUCAUCAGAAUGAUGUAACUUUGUCAAAUAGUGUUGUGUCAGGAAGUUUAGCAGGCCUCUGUGCUAAAACUGCUAUAUAUCCUUUAGAUUUAGUCAAAAAGAGAAUGCAAAUACAAGGUUUUGAAAAAGGUAGAGAGAUUUUUGGAAAAGUUUUUAGGUGUAAGGGUAUGGUAGAUGCUUUAGGAAAUGUUUAUAGAGAUGAAGGUGCAGUUGGUUUCUUUAAGGGGUUAUCACCUAGUUUAUUAAAAGCAUGUGUCUCAUCUGCUUUAUACUUUGGAACAUAUGAGUUAUGCUGUGAUAUAAUAAAGGUAUUAAAAGGAAUUUAAAUUUCUAGUCAGGAUACCAAAUAAAUCGAUCUGAAAUAAUUUCAAGAUCUGUAUGACAAAGUGCAAUAAAUGAGUUUGAAUGGUAAUUUUAAGAGUAAAAUGUACGAGCCCAGAUUGGUCAAAUAAUAUUUGACUCAAAUAUAUUUGUAAAAUAUAUAAAACUAUUGUAAAAAGAUAUUAAAAUAUACAGUUAUUCCAACAGGUUUUUGCACACACGUAAUGAGUGAUUUGCAAACAAGUUAAAUCAAAACAUUAAGAGCACACAGUAGCGAUCAACAGGUAGCAACAAACGCGGUCAUUGAUUGCUAAAGUUCUGCGAACUUUCAAAAGUGAGGCAACAGUGCGUCGGUAAUUCGACACUGACAGUGACGUUUAUACUAUCAAAAACAAUAAUUUUUAUACACAUAGGCGCGAAAUGUUGCCAAGUCAGUAACGUUCGAUUUCUUGUUAUAAAAAAAUCGAUUUUUAGUAGUUCCAAUGUGACACAAAAUCUAGGCACGGGAUAAAAAAGUUUAUUUGAAGAAAGUGUAUUUUUCGUCUUUCUUAAUGGCGGUACAGGCUCCUUUUUUCAAUAUUUUAUUUAGUUAUAAAGUAAUUUCCACAUACUAACAUAUUUCUGAAAUUGGGCUCUGUACCGCCAUUCUUUAUUAUAUUACGAAUAUGUGUGCCAAAUAUCUCGACAAAAUAUUCAAAAUUAGAGCCGCAAUCUUGGAACGUGUUUGUUGCUACCUGUUGAUCGCUACUGUUUGCUCUUAAGUGAAACAUACUUCGGCAUGUAAUGUCAAUGUAAUUAUUAGGAAGUGGCUAUUAUCCCGGUGGACGUAUUUUAUAAAGUUAUUUUAUUGAAGUGUUUGAUAUUUUUUCUGAGGAAGUUAUUGAAGUGUUUGAUCUUUUUUUUGAGGAUCUAAAGUUAUUUUAUUGAAGUGUUUUUUAUUUAGGAGAUUGAUAGACUAACAUUAAAUAGCUUGAACAUCAUAUUAACUAUUACUAAUAUAAGGACAACUUAAUAUAGAACGGCAAUAAAUAAAUUUAAAUACAAAAAUUUAAAUCUUGAAAAUAAAAAUAUAAGUUUCCAUUAUAGCGAAUUAUAGCCAGACUUAUAGUAGUAUAAAGACAAUAUAGGUUAAAAAAUAUUACUUGUCUCAUUAGCUUAAAAAUAAAUACCUACCGGAUGUAAUCAAAUAACAGGGCAACAGUUAGUCGUUCUAACAAUUAUGUUUGAAAAUAAAAUUUACAAUAAAAUGUAAAAACGUUUAAAUAAUAUGAAAACAUUGUUAAACACAACAAACACACCAAUGUCACUGAAAGGGAUAAACGUCAAAAUUCUUAGUAAAUAAUGUAUGAAAGACAUCGCUUACCCUUGUUUAACUUAUUGUGGUUUCUACAGACAAACGGCUUAAUUUUGCGAUACUAAUUUCCAUGAGUAAAAAAGAGACCUAGUAUAAAAAGUAAUUCGUGAAUAAUUUUAUGGAUGUGCAAAGAUCAGUUAGAACAACUGUAAAUAGAUGAUGUGAAAAGUAGUGUUUGUGCUAAAUUAUUGUUUGGAUUUUUCCAUGUUAUAAUUGUUACUAAUAAUGAGACUAAACAAAUCGAAUAAAAGCAAAUCUAAUGCAAUUACAUUCUCUAUGCCUUUCUUUAAAAUACAGAAAUAUUCAUAUCUGGUCAAAUUUAUAGACUUUUUCCCAAAAACAAAUAUAACAAUAACUUAUAUAUCGUAAGAAACACAGUACAGUCGAAUCAGCUUAUUGGAAUAGACUUUGUGUCAAUCAAAAGUAUUCCUAUAAGCGGGAUAUUCUAAUAAACGACCAUUGGUGGAUAGUAGAAACGUUUCGGGACCUCAAAUUUCUCUCCUCAAAGCGGGAUAUUCCUAUAACCGGUAUUCCAAUUAGUGGGUUCCACUGUACUAUGCUAUAGGCUUUAUUAAAAAAGAAAUUCUGUCCAGUUUUUGCUUCCAGGCGUCAAUUCGGAUACAAAUGAUUGUUAGGUCCUACAAAUAUGUAUUCUUUUUUAAUCUUUUGACUUUUCUAUGUUUAGAAAUACUUCGGUAAUUUUUAUAUUCUUUCUACCACUUGAUUUACCUAUAUACCAUAAAAUAUAGAAACAUUGAAAAGUCUUAUAUCCGAAAAUAUAAAACUUUUACUGUUGGAAAUUUUUCAUUUUCAUAAAAUAUAGCGUUCCUUCUUUUUUGUUGGAAACAGCAAACUUUCCUUCUUUGGAAAGCAAAGAUAGAUUAAAUAUAAUGUACCUAUAAAAGUCUCGACAUUGUCAACUAACAAGGGGUAUCAUACCUGCAGAAAAUGAAUUUGAGAGUUGACAUAUCGCUCAUCCCAAAGAAAAGUGUCACAAUUCAAAAAACAAAUUCUUUCAGAAAACCUUAAUAAGAUUGAGAUUUGGUCACGCUUGUUAUCCUGCUCAUCUUGCUAAAAUCAAAAUCUACAAUUCAGACUUAUGUAAAACAUGUCAAGAACAAAAAUGUGUUUUUUAAGUGCUCCAAAUAUUUUCAGUAUUCAGGAACUCUCAUAAACAACUUACAAACUCUGCAAAUAUUUCCUCCGUACCAAAUAAAUAACCUAUUGACUACUAAUGAUAAAAGAGUAUAUGAUUGUCUAAUCAAAUUUAUACAUAGUGCAAAUGUGUGUCUUCGUUAACCUUUGUUUUAACCUGAUUGUUUAUUUACCUUCGUUUCCGUGCCCUAUUUCUAAUAAUGUCUUAAAUAAAUAUCUUGAUGGGUCCCUGGACGAGAAGCCAGUAUCACUGUAUUUCCUGAUUAUUGUUUUAGGGAUUUUUAUGAUCAUUUUGACUCGAAUAGAUACAAUUUUCGCAAUAGCAAUUAAUAGCAUAGAUACAUACUUUUUAUUUUAGUAUUAUUAGAUAAUUAUAUUAGAAUAUUAAUAUGUAUUAGCAAUUUGUAUUAGUUUUAAUAGUAUUAAUAUGUAUAAGUAUUAUUUCUCAACAUGCAUCUGGCUACAUAGCUAAGUGGUAAAGUGGUAAAGCCACAAAUACAAAAAUUUCAGGAGAGACAAAAAUAGAUUUUUUAGAUCUUAAUUUAACUGUAAGUUGGACGGCGUUAUGCAUGACUCAACCAAGCGCCAUUUCUUUAAAAUCGAGUUAACAGCGGAUUCUGGUGACACAUAAUUAAAACUAUCUUGGAAAAAAUCCCUGUUAUUGUCACAUUAACGGUUACGAAGAAAAACAAAAUUAAACCAAGCGACAUUCUGUCUAUUAAGGGUUUUUAGUUUUGCAUAACAAAACUAUAUCCAUAACGGCCAUUCUUAGUUUCGCAAUAGUAGACUAAGCGCCGACUAAGCGUCUUUGGUCUGGUUAUGCUAAACUAAGCGUUUGACCAGAAUAACAUUUUUGUAUCCCUUAAUGUACACAUUAAUUUUGAAGUUCCGGUCAAAAAAUGACCGAAUUUUUUUAAAGUGAAAAUGUUGUAUUUAUGUGUAAUUAAAUUGAAAAAUACAAAUAAUCUAUAUAAAAUCUCUAUAUAUAAGGCAUACAAUAGUUCUAAGAAUAAAAAAAAACACGAUUCACUUCAGACUGCUUCAAAUACCCUAACGCUUUGUAUAAAAACAAAAUACGGAAAAUUCUACAAAAUUCAAUUCAUAUCGAUUGUCAAUGGUUGGGACUGCAAGUUAUUAAAAAAUAAAUCUCAUUUUACAGUACAUAUUUAGAUAUUUAUACGCUUUUAUACAAAUAGCAACUUCUUGUUUUUUUUAAUGUUCCCCUGUUUAAAAACUCUGUAUACUCCAAUUUUUAUUGAUAUAAUUUCACCUGUAUUGGAAUUAACGCUAUUGAAUGGUAAAAUAAAUUUAGAGCAAUAAAAUGCAAAAAAUAUAUUUAAUGAUAAUUGAAUUGAUUAUGUUGUAGCAAUACACGUUUAACAUAUAAAUUAAAAAAAUACUAGUUUAUUUAUUUAGUGAUUGCAAGAGGCAUAUCGCGAUAUUUUGUUUUGCAUUAAUAGACCAAAUAACAUAAAAAUGGUAGUUGGUCUAGUAAUGUAUAACAGCUAAACUUCCAAAAAUAUAUUUAAAGCAUAAGUAGACCAAGCGACAUUUUUUUUUCUAGAAUAUGGUAGGUGCGAUUAUAUUGAAACUUUGCAACCAAAAAGAGUUAUAUGUGAUCAUUCUUCUGUUAAAAUUUUGUGCAAAUAUGUUAAUAAAUGCAUUUUUAAGAAACGAAAAACUUUGAAGCUAUUUGUCUCAAAACUAUGUUUUGGCGCUUGGUCGAGUUAUGCAUAACGCCGUCCAGUUUUAAACGGUAACUUCUAAAAUUUAUAAAUUAAAAACGAAGAAUAUGGAUACGUGAAUGUUUCUAAUUGUGUAAGAAGCAAAACAAAAAAAAAUGAAAUCUGAUGUAACAAAGAAAAAAGAUCAACUUUUGAGUCAUGUACAGGCAAACAUAUUUUGCAACCCGCAUACUUGCACUUGGUCACUUGCACCGCAUAAACGAACGUCAGCCUGUCUUCUGCUCACGGUUGCAGAUAACUCGGUUUUACUGUAAUGUUAAUCAUUAACGAAAUCUGUUUCGGAAUAAAAAUAUUCACUUUACCGCCAAAUGAAUAAUGACACUUUCGCCAUCUUACGAAGCUGGAAGUAAACAUCUAUGUGACAGUUUUCCUGGUAAAAGUAUAGGAUUUUUUGAGUUAAUUUAACAAGAAACCUGGAAUUAUGCAUUUUUUGAGUUGUGUCAUUUUUCUUCUGGACGAGCGAUACUCUCAAAUUUCAGAAAUAAGUAUUUCGUGAACAGACACGUUAGCUUUAGGACUAGAUUGAAUAUUUGGCAAUUCACAAUUUGUAUGAUCUACUAGUAAAACGAUGAGCAAAAUAUCUACUAUAUCCUGAGCAUCUCCAGACUGAUUGUCCAAUUACAUUUGAUUUGAUACGGUACUCUAUUUUAUUUUAUCUUUCAUACAUCUCUAGAAAUUUGCUAUAUUCUCUCUUAGAUGACCACUAACAUCAUUAAUAUGAUUUAAUUAACAUUUUUGAGUUUCAAUUUUACAUUUAUAGCUAAGAUUAGAAAAAAAAACAUGGUGAUCAGUAUCAUAUUUUUGGAAUAAUGAGAAUUUUUUAUCAGCUUCAUAGUUUUUGAACGGUAGACUCAAUAAUAUGUCUAAAUUAUUAAAUAACUCAUCCCAUUUGUUACUACCUAAAAAAUCAUUUAUUGCCAAAUAAUUUUUAUUUAUGAAAUCAGUAGCAUUCUUCACAGUAUGCUUUUACUUUGCGUAAUCUUGAAUGUAUAUGCAUGUAUAUGCUAAGUGGUUAUUAUGCACAAUGCACAGCUGUAGCCAUUGAAUAGUUUACACCCUAAGGGCCGGUUGUUCGAACGCUAAUCAAAAAUGCAAUCAAUUGAUCAUUAUCAAAUAUUUAAUUACUGUCACCAACUGUCAUUAUCAACUUUGAUUGGGUUGCUAGAAACAUAAUUGAUUACAAUAAUUAUGAGAUUAAUUGAUUAGUUUAUCAAUUAUGUUAAUAAUUUUUAUGUUAAUUAAUAAUGAAUUAAUCAAUCAAUUAUGUUAAUUAUCAUAAUGAUAAUUAACACAAUUGAUUACGAUCAACUGAUUGGCGUACGAAAAACGGAUUUUGUUAUUUGAUGGUUGUUAAGGGGACUUGAUUAUAAUCAACUUCUUGAUUAGCGUUCGAACAACCGGCGCUACAUCUAGUAGCCGAUUUUUUGAGUCAUUACCUCGCACAUUUUAUGUCAAAGUGACGCUACCAGUGGCGGACUGUGAAUAGCUUGAUUACAACUAAAAAAACAAAAAAAAAAAAGAUCUAUUUUAACAAAUGUAACAAAAUGGAAAUUAUAAAAAGUUUCUAUUCUAGGCAUUUUGAACGUGUUUUAUUUUAUGUGAAAUUUCUGAUAAGCACUUUUGAAAUUUAACAAAUUCUUACGAAACUGGGAUUUUACAGUAUUACAAUGUAAAAAUUAAGGCGUAAACUAUUCAGUGACCGCAGCUGUGCAACUAUUAAAGGGUCAUUAAUUAGUACAACUUCAAUUUCAGACAUAUUUGUAAAAAUCAAAUCUACAUAUCUAGCAUUAUCAUUGAAAUGCAUUCUUUUUUGAUAUUUGAAUUGUACAUAAUAAAUGAUUUCUUUCAAAACUAAACCAAAUAAUAUGUAACUAGUUAAAGUCAAUAAGCGAGGUUCUUUGAUCUUAUAUUAACCCUUUCUCAGGAAGGUAAUAAUGGUCUGAUAUCAAUUAUUUCUACACUAGUUUUAGUAUUAGUUUGUUAAAUUUGUACAAGUUACACAGGAGACAGGAUUAUUUUCAUUUUUCUGUUAAGUUAUGUGCAAGAACCUAAAAUACAUAACGGCUUGGUUUGGUAACAUCGCAUAAAUUCCUUAAUGACACAAUGCUUUAAAGCUGUAGCCUCCAAUAAAUGCCGUAGGUUACGUACAGCGUCAAGCCAGACGUUGCAUACAACCUUUGUCAGUCACCGGCAACUUCACGUAGUCAAUACAAAACAUAGGCCAUGGCUAUCAUAUCAACAAAUACCCUAGGUCGCGUGCAGAGUCAGCUGGGGUCACUAAUAAAUGCCGUCGGUUGGGCACAGCGUUUGUCGAUCGCCGGCAACAACGCUUCGACCGUUUUUGUUAUCAGUCAAGUGCGAUAUUUCAACUUGUUUAUAAGCAACUCGUCUUGUUCUUUUUUGCUACUUAUUUUAUUCAUUUUGCUAGGUUAAAACCUGUACCAGCCGUACGUUACAAUGCUUGAAAAUAACUAAAGACGCUGCUUCCAACAUUUGAAGUUGCUCAUAUAGACACUGCGUUCGACAUCCAAUAGAGACCGUAUCCAUUAUUUAUUGUAUAAAGCAUACAUACGCAACCUAUUGCAUGACAGUGUAGGCAACGUACGGCGUUUAUUGGUGACCACCGCCUGUGAAGCCGUGUACAGCAGUUUGAUGCUGCGUUCGGAGUACGAUAACAGACGGCAACUAUUUUUAUUUUAUUAAGCAUACAGACGCAACCUAGGGCGUGACUCUGUACGCAACUUACGGCAUUUAUUGGAUACCACAGCCCAAGUUGAUCACUCUCACCUUCAAUUUCAUCCCAGGUACACGUGAGGAUGAUAUUAAAAUACUCCUGAUACAAACUUAUUUUCCUAAGUACUACCAAAUACCAAACUUCAUCAGUAUCAAAAUAAUAUAUUCUCAGAUUUUAGAAAUAUCUCUUGUAUAGUGUUUUACUGCAUUUUUUAAUAUUGGGUAACUUUCUACAAAUUAAAAGAUAGUAUGUAUGCGUCAUCAGGUUUUGUAGAACUAUGCAGAUUUUUUUGCUGAAUAUGCCUUUCUUUGAUGAAGCUCUCUUUGGUAUUCUAGUAUGAAACUCUUUUUUCGAGUUUUCAUCACUAGCUGUUUGCUAUUUUCAUAUAAUACUUUAAUUUCUUAGCUCCCUAGUUAGUCUAACUUAUAUUUUGUAUUUUUAAAUUUUUUAGUGACUUUCGCAGUUUUUUAGUUUUUUGGGAAAAUUAAAAUGAAAAUGACUUGUAAGUUACUUCGCUUUUAUAUGACUAGCUCUUCAGUACCAUGGACAAACAAGUAACGCUUAUAUGAGAUUAUGGUGCAAAUGAUGAAUAAUUUUUUAAAUGAAAAUUCUGACUAAAUGGAAUUCCCUCUUCUGGUGUCUUUCACACACAGUGUGUAGAUGUUCAUCUGCCGUUUCCGUUGGUUAUGUAGAGUAGGUAUAUGUGGACCAGACUAUGUCUGGAGGUCCCAAUUCUUAUUUGCGUCCUGGGCCUCUUUUGUCUUGUAUUGCCAAAUUAAUAUUAAUCUUAAUAGUUCAUAUUUUUUACCUUUCAGAAUGUGAGCUAGAUGUGAGACUCUGUGUUGUCCUUAAGUCGUAAGUCAAGAGGAUACUCUUUUCAUUUAGGGUAUCCCGUUACGCAAAAAUCAUAUAUUUUUUUAAAAUGUUUCGUUCAUCUUCUUUUACGCAUUGUGUGCGAAUAUGAAAUAAUUUGUUUUAAAAUAUCUAUAAGAAAACUUAAUAAUUCGAUUUCGAAACCCUCGAAAGGUUGCAAUACAAAGACGAUCUUAAUAAUCAAACUAAUAAAAUAUUCACGUUAUCAAAAGAUAACCCAAGUAGUAGGUUUUAAAAAACUAAAAUUAUGAAUGCUUAACUUAAUUAUUGCCCAAAAAUUGAAAAAGGUGGAAAGGAAACAGUAUACGCUAAGAGAAAUGCUAAGAUGUUUAAAAUAAUAGCUGGAACGUAACAGUCAGAUAAUGUUUAGUUUUUGUAUUUUGAAAUUUUAAUACGAAUGUAUAUUUGUGAUUUCUAACUUGAGUGAUGAAAUGUCCAAAGACUAAUAAAAAAGUUACUUUAAAACAGCAAUUUAAAACAUUGUACUGUGUAAAUAAUGAUAUUAUAAUAUUGUUUUCAAUUUUA